ACCAAUCAGCUAGAGAGCCCCCUCGGCUUGGGCUGCCUGCAUGCUGGAGUUAAAAAGUGCUGCUGGCCGAGCGGGAGCCCCAGUGAGAAGCGGGGAGGCUGAGCGGCGGCGAGAAGGGGCAGGGGAGCCGCGCUGCCGCCGACCCCGCCGAGGCUCGGCCCCGGCACCUCUGCUUGUGGGGCGUGCAGAUGAGUGUCUGGUGACAAAAAGGCUUUGAAGCCAACACAGCUGCAGCUGAGAAAGAACAUGUGGACAAGGCCUCACUCCCCCAUCUGAGCCCAUCUGGUUGUGUAAGAGAUCCUUUGAGACUGCAAAGGCUAUUUAAAGAAGGAAGACGGCAUGAGAUUGGAUUCACAGAAGUAAAGUAGGUUAGUUUGAGGACACGACAAAAAGUCGCUAUUUAAACCACCUUGCGUUGCCAUGAUGAGAACUUACCAUUGCUUCUGGCUGCUGUUUUGGGCUGGUCAGCCCCACCAAAGUUUCUUAACUCCAUUACCCAAAAGGACUAGUGGCUUUCCAGAAAAGGAAAAGGUUUUGGUAUUGUCUGGAAACAGUAGGCGAGACCUCCACCGUUCCAAAAGGAGCUGGAUGUGGAAUCAGUUCUUUUUAUUGGAGGAAUACACAGGAACUGACUACCAAUACGUUGGCAAGCUGCAUUCAGACCAGGAUAAAGGAGAUGGAUCCCUUAAGUACAUCCUUUCUGGAGAUGGAGCAGGAGACCUUUUCAUUAUCAAUGAAAACACUGGUGACAUCCAGGCCACAAGGAGACUAGACAGAGAAGAAAAGCCUGUAUACAUACUCCGUGCCCAAGCUGUAAACAGAAGGACUGGAAGACCAGUGGAACCAGAAUCUGAGUUCAUCAUUAAGAUCCAUGAUAUCAAUGACAAUGAGCCAAUGUUUACAAAGGAUGUUUACAAUGCCAGCAUUCCUGAAAUGUCAGAUGUUGGUACCUUUGUUGUGCAAGUCACUGCAACCGAUGCUGACGAUCCCACAUACGGGAACAGUGCUAAAGUUGUCUACAGCAUUCUCCAGGGACAACCAUAUUUCUCUGUCGAAUCUGAGACAGGCAUUAUUAAAACUGCUUUGCUAAACAUGGACCGUGAAAACAGGGAACAAUACCAAGUGGUCAUCCAGGCAAAGGACAUGGGAGGCCAGAUGGGUGGAUUAUCAGGAACCACCACUGUGAACAUCACACUGACUGAUGUAAAUGACAAUCCACCUCGCUUCCCCCAGAGCACAUACCAAUUCAGAGCUCCUGAGUCUAUGCCAGCUGACUCACCAAUUGGCAGGAUAAAAGCUAAUGAUGCUGACGUGGAUGAAAAUGCAGAGAUUGAAUACAGCAUCACCGAGGGGGAUGGAUAUGACAUGUUUGGAAUUACCACAGACAAGGACACACAGGAAGGAAUUAUAACUGUCAAAAAGGCAUUGGAUUUUGAAAAGAAAAACCUGUAUAUUCUGAAAGUGGAAGCUACCAAUACUCAUGUGGACCCUCGAUUCCUCUACCUUGGGCCAUUCAAGGACUCAGCUACAGUAAGAAUUCAGGUAGAAGAUGUAGAUGAGCCCCCUGUGUUCAGCAGACCAGCUUACAUAAUGGAAGUGAAAGAAGAUGUUCCAAUAAACACUGUAAUAGGAACAGUAACUGCUCAGGAUCCAGAUGCUGCCAAGAACCCUGUCAAGUACUCUGUAGAUCGACACACUGAUAUGGACAGAGUAUUCAACAUCAAUUCAGGAAAUGGUUCGAUAUUUACUUCAAAACCCCUUGACCGGGAAACACUGCUGUGGCACAACAUUACAGUAAUAGCAGCAGAGAUCAACAACCCAAAACAAAGUAGCCGUGUCCCAGUGUUCAUUAAAGUUCUGGAUGUAAACGACAACGCUCCAGAGUUUGCCAUGUUUUAUGAGACCUUCGUCUGUGAAAAUGCAAAGGCAGAACAGCUGAUACAAACGUUAAGUGCUGUUGAUAAAGACGACUCUCACAGUGGACAUCAGUUUUCAUUCUCCAUACCUCCCGAGACAGCCAGCAGCUCCAACUUUACACUGCAGGACAACAGAGACAACACAGCAGGGAUUUUCACCCGAAAAACCAGAUAUAACCGGCAUGAAAUGAGUACCUACUUCUUGCCAGUGGUAAUAUCAGACAACGAGUAUCCUAUCCAGAGCAGCACUGAAACUGUGACUAUUCGAGUAUGUGCUUGUGACCAUCGAGGAAAGAUGCUGUCCUGUAACGCGGAAGCCUUGGUUCAUCCUACAGGUCUUAGCACCGGGGCUCUUAUUGCCAUUCUUCUCUGUAUCAUUAUAUUGCUUGUUACAGUAGUGCUGUUUGCAGCACUGAGACGGCAGCGGAAGAAAGAGCCUUUGAUUAUUUCCAAAGAAGACAUCAGAGACAACAUUGUCAGUUAUAAUGAUGAAGGUGGUGGAGAGGAAGACACCCAGGCAUUUGAUAUCGGCACACUGAGGAAUCCUGAAGCCAUAGAUGACAAUAAAUUACGCAGAGAUAUUGUGCCAGAAACACUUUUUAUGCCACGGCGAACUGCAACAGUGCGAGAUAACGCGGAUGUCAGAGAUUUCAUUAACCAAAGGUUAAAGGACAAUGAUACAGACCCAACAGCACCCCCAUAUGACUCGUUAGCAACCUAUGCGUACGAAGGUAACGGUUCUGUGGCCGAAUCCCUCAGCUCCUUGGAGUCAGUGACUACAGAAGGAGAUCAGGACUAUGAUUACCUCAGUGACUGGGGCCCUCGGUUUAAAAAGCUGGCAGAUAUGUAUGGCGCAAUGGACAGUGACAGAGACUCUUGAUAUGUUGCCUUUUUUCCCCCCCUUACUCGUUUUCAGAAACAGCAUUGAGAUAAGUGAAGUGGCUAUUUCUUUCUAUUUCUCCACAGCUGUGUGAAAUUCUACCUGUUCCAGUUGUAUAAUGACUGCAGCCCGUGUGGAUCAGCUGUCAGAAAACUUUUUCUAGUAUCAUUAUAUGAGCUUCCAAGAGGCAAAAUUCUUAUUUUUUAGUGCAUCCAGUUUACCCAGCCAAUCUUACUGGCAUGGCAGUGGUGGAAAGGGAAAAAAGGAUCAGAUGGGGAGCAAUAUUUUUACUUUUUCUGCUUAUAUUGUAAAUCAGAGUAUAUUACUGUUUAAGGUCACUUGCUCUUUUUACUUGUAUUCAGACUAUUCAGCAAUUAAUUGUGUAUUGCACAUCCCAAUGUAAUGAGAUACCCUAGUUUACCUUGUGUAUUAUAGUCAAAAGUAGUGGUGAUGGAAUGAAGGUUUAUUAUACGAGUAAGCUGAGAAAAACAAACAUCAAACAAGCAUUUUACUCAUAAGGAGGGUAGAAGGGUGUAAUGGUCAUUCAAAUCUAAGUGUUUUUCUAGAGCUUGCCAUUGCCCCAAAUGCACUGAAUCAUACUAACACAGAGAGAGAGAGAGUGUUCAUUGACUGCUAUGUAUAUAUUCUUCUGACCUAGCACUGCUGGAGAGAUGUGCGUGUGUGCAUGUAUGUGUGGUCACUGGCCCCAACAUCUAAUUCUUGGAUGGUUUCCUAGUUCUAACCCAGACUUGCCUUGUGAUACAGGGCAAGUCAUCUAAUCUAGCUCCAGAUUAGGUCAUGACUUUGGAGGAAGGAGCAGAUCGUAACUGUGCUUUUCAUCAUACUUCUUUGGUUGGCCUCCUUUUGUGCAUCAGUUCAGUGAUGGCCACUCUGCUGGGGAGGUGGGAAUCAGACUUUUCAUACUCAACUACUUCUGCUUGUUCUCAUUUGCAGGAGGGGAGCAGGAGCCUCAAAGGGCCUAUCACCCUUUGGGGCAAAAAGAACAAGUGCAAAGGAAGAAGUACUUCUUGUCCUAACCUUCCCUACCAGGAUGCCUAAGAUGGCUUCCUGACUUACUCUCUGCCCAGU